AUGUCAACACCAAAGAAUAAGUCGUUAGCUCUAUCAGCUUUCAAUAUCUACAAGCAUAAUAGAUCCUUGGUUCUUAAUGCUUCUUACAUUAUAUUGAUCACUGCGGCUUUUUCCGGUGCCACCAAUACCCAAUCAUCGAAAUCUAAAAAGAAGGAUGAAGUUAAUAUAGAUAAGAAGAGGAAGAAAAUUUCAAAAGAAUCAGCUUUAAGGUUGAUGAAAGCCGCUAUUCCCAAAGUUAAUGAUAUGAGUGUUGUAUACUUAAUCACACAUUUAGGUUUAUUGGUGGUUAGGGCGUUUUUAACCAUUAAAGUAGCUAGUCUUGAUGGGAAAUUAGUUGGGGCUUUAGUUUCAAAGAAAUUAAAGAAAUUUGGUCAGUUAUUAGCUUUCUGGAUGUUCUUAGGGAUCCCAGCUUCCAUAGUUAAUGCGUUGUUGAACUGGACUAGAAGUAAUUUCAGGAAACAUUUAAGAAUCAAUAUGACCAACAGUAUUAUUGAAGAUUAUUUACCAGAUAAUUUGGAUGCUAAUUAUUAUUCAUUACUUCAAAUAAGUGAUAGUAAAAUAAAAGAUCCUGAUCAAAGAAUUUCCACCGAUGUUUCUAGGUUAGCUGGAGCGUUAUCUUCAUUACCAGGACAAUUAUUAAAGCCAACAUUAGAUUUAUUAUUAUGUGCUAAAGAAUUAAGUAAAAGUGGAGUUGGUAGUGGCGAAGGAACUAUUGCUCUUGGACUUAUAGCCCAUUUUUCAACGAUGAUUUUGAAAUUAUUCUCACCACCAUUUGCUAAAUUAGCAUCAGAAAGAGCUGAUUUAGAAGGUAAGUUGAGAUCAGCACAUUCUAAAAUCGUUUCUAAUAGUGAAGAAAUUGCAUUUUUGAGAGGUCAUGAAAGAGAAUUGGAUUAUAUUGAUUUCUGUUAUUAUCAAUUAGAAAGAUUUUCAAGAAUGGAAUAUUGGAAAAAAGCUGUUCAUGAAGUUGCUCAAACUUUUAUUGUUAAAUAUUUUUGGGGUGCAGCAGGUUUGGUUUUAUGUUCAGCUCCAGUAUUUAUUAAUAAAUAUUUAGGUAAAGAUCCUGAUCCUUCAGUUUCAGGAGACUUUAUUACUAAUAGAAGGUUAUUAUUAAGUGCAUCAGAUUCGUUAGAUAGAUUAAUUUAUUCCAGAAGAUAUUUAUUACAAGUUGUGGGACAUGCUUCAAGAGUUAGUGAUUUCCAAGAUGCUUUACAUGAAAUCAAACAAAAUAAUUCAAAAGAUUAUAAGGGAAGUGAAAAAUCCGGUGAUGUUCAAUAUGGUGACGAAAUUACUUUUGAUAAUGUAAGAUUAGUUACACCAGCUGAUGUCACAUUAAUUGAAUCAUUGAAUUUCAGUAUUAAACAUGGACAACAUUUAUUAAUUGCUGGACCCAAUGGAUCAGGAAAAUCUUCAUUAUUUAGAAUGUUAGGAGGUUUAUGGCCAGUUAAAAAUGGUAGUAUUGUUAUUCCACAAACUGAAAAUAUGUUUUAUUUACCUCAAAGAGCUUAUCUUUGUAGAGGUAACUUAAGAGAACAAGUUAUUUAUCCUCAUAAUUUACAACAAUUCAAAACCAACAAACAUGGUAAAACCGAUAAGGAUUUGUUUGAAAUAUUCAAAAUCUUGAAUUUAGAUGAUUUAUUAGUAGGUGAUCAACCUUGGGAACAAACAAGAAAUUGGGGUGAAGAAUUAUCUGUUGGGGCUCAACAAAGAUUAGCUAUGGCAAGAUUAUAUUAUCAUCAACCUAAAUUUGCUGUUUUAGAUGAAUGUACUUCAGCAGUAUCACCAACUAUGGAACAAUUCAUGUACAAACAUGCACAAGAAUUAGGAAUUUCUUUAUUAUCAGUUGCUCAUAGACCGGCUUUAUGGCAUUUCCAUAAUUUCUUAUUGAAAUUUGAUGGUAAAGGAGGAUAUUAUUUUGGGAAGUUAGAUGCCGAAAAGAGAUUGAAGUAUGAAGAAGAAAGAUUAACUUUAGAGAAAAGUUUAAGAGAUGUUGGUAAUUUAAGAGAUAGAUUACAAGAAUUAAAGAGAGUUUCCAAUGCUCAACACAUAAAGUAUCAAAAUUCCCAUAAAAACUUGGCUCAAUUAGGUAAAGAAGCUGUAAAGACUUCAUAG